CAUGAGGACAUGUUGGCCGACGAGUCAUCAUAUACGGUGGUGGUCAGGGUCAAUUUCCGGCGAAUCUUAGCCACUAUAACAUCCAAGUGGAGGAGCAUAGGAUAUUUUCGAAUGUGCUCUCUCUGAAGCAUCUAAUCUAAGUACUAGUAAAAUCAUAUUCCCUUCUCUCAUCAGCCAUUCUCCAUAAAUAUUGAGUUCAUGAGUCACCAUUGAAACCACAUUCUCAACACUAGCUAGCUUGCUAAACUCAGCUAGAGCAGACCCCUCUCGUUUCUUUUAGCUAAGAAAAGGAAAAAUGGUUAAGUUCUCUAAGCAGUUUGAAGGCCAGCUUGUGCCUGAGUGGAAAGAAGCGUUCGUUGAUUACUGGCAACUCAAGAAAGACAUAAAGAAAUUCCACCUUCUUAAUAGUAACACCACCUCCUCCCACCACCACCACCAGCGGCGUGCCUCUUUAUCCAACUUCUUUUCUUCUAUAAUCCCAUUUCCUCGUCGACGUAGAGACCAUGGAGCCAUUCAAGUUCAUAAGAAACUUGCAUCGUCGGGGAGUAAAGGCGACAUGUAUGAGACUGAACUUCUCGAACAAUUUGAGAAUAUUGAAGCUGCCAAGGAAUUCUUUGCAUGUUUGGAUCUUCAACUUAACAAAGUUAAUCAGUUUUACAAAACUAAGGAGAAAGAGUUCUUGGAACGAGGAGAAUCCUUGAAGAAACAAAUCGACAUUCUCACUGAGCUCAAAGCUGCUUUCAAGCAACAACGUGGGAAAGGGGCUUCUGCUCAGGACUCCAAAGAGGAUGCAUCAAUAUCAUGCACCAUCACUUGCGAGGAAGACUCUGUAAAAGACAGAACAGAAGAAGAUCAAGUCCAGGAAAGUAGCACAGAUGACGUAGAAAAAAAUGAAGGGCUAGAUUCUCCAAGAUUAGAUGAGAUGGAAAAAUCAAUGAGAAUGAAAAGAGAGGAGAACAAACUGGGGACACUUUCAGGUCGAGUUUUCAAUUUCCAGGGGAAGAACUUAAAGAUAAACAUUCCUUUAACAACACCUUCUCGAACCUUUUCUGCAAUUAGUUACCUAGUUUGGGAAGAUUUGGUUAAUCAAUCCUCCAAGAAAUGCAACCCAGAAGGAAAAAGACUGCAUAUCAACAAAGCAAAGUUGAAUCAUGCAGAGAAGAUGAUUAAAGGAGCUUUUGUUGAGCUCUAUAAAGGAUUAAGUUACCUCAAGACUUACAGGAAUUUGAACUUGCUAGCUUUUAUAAAGAUUCUGAAGAAGUUUGACAAGGUCACCGGAAAAGAAGUUCUUCCAAUCUAUCUGAAAGUGGUUGAAAGCUCCUAUUUUAACAGCUCCGACAAGGUAGUGAAUUUAGCUGAUGAAGUUGAGGAGCUAUUUGUUAGACAUUUUGCUCAAGAGGACAGAAGAAAAGCCAUGAAAUAUCUUAAACCCCAACAACAUAAGGAAUCGCACAGUGUAACUUUCUUCAUUGGAUUGUUCACUGGGUGCUUCAUCUCUCUCCUUGCUGGAUAUGUCAUAAUGGCUCAUACUACGGGGACGUACAGACGACAGCCAGACACAGUCUACAUGGAAACUGUCUACCCUGUGCUUAGCAUGUUCAGCCUGCUGUUCCUACACUUCUUUCUCUAUGGUUGCAACAUUUUUAUGUGGAGGAAGACUAGGAUAAAUUAUAGCUUCAUUUUUGAAUUGGCUCCUACCAAAGAGCUUAAGUACAGAGAUGUGUUCUUGAUAUGUACAGUAGCUAUGACUGCUGUAGUUGGAGUCAUGUUUAUUCAUUUGUCACUUCUUACAAAAGGGUACUCAUACUCCCAAGUUCAAGCCAUCCCUGGUCUUAUGUUAUUGAUGUUUCUGUCAUUGCUAUUGUGCCCCUUCAACAUAUGCUACCGGUCUAGUCGUUACCGAUUCCUUUGUGUGAUAAGAAACAUCAUUUUGUCACCUCUAUAUAAGGUUGUGAUGCUUGAUUUCUUCAUGGCUGAUCAACUCUGUAGUCAGGUGCCAAUGCUUAGGAACCUUGAGUAUGUGGCAUGUUACUACAUAACUGGAAGCUUCAAAAACCAGGACUAUGGCUACUGCAUGAGGACCAAGCAUUACCGCGAUUUUGCCUAUGCUGUGUCCUUCCUGCCCUACUACUGGAGAGCUAUGCAGUGUGCCAGGCGAUGGUUCGACGAAGGACAGACAAGCCACCUUGUGAAUCUAGGCAAGUAUGUAUCAGCAAUGUUAGCAGCAGGAGCAAAAGUGGCCUAUGAAAAGGAAAGGAGUGUUGGAUGGCUGUGUCUUCUUGUGAUUAUGUCAAGUGCUGCAACAGUGUACCAAUUGUAUUGGGACUUUGUAAAGGAUUGGGGUUUGCUUCAAAUCAAUUCCAAGAACCCUUGGCUAAGGAAUGAUUUAAUGCUUCGUCGAAAGUUCAUUUACUACUUCUCCAUGGGAUUGAACCUUAUCCUCAGGCUUGCUUGGUUACAGACAGUUCUGCAUUCAAAUUUUGGACAUGUAGAUUACAGAGUAACUGGGCUGUUUUUGGCUGCCCUUGAAGUGAUUAGAAGAGGACAGUGGAAUUUUUACAGGUUGGAGAAUGAGCAUCUAAAUAAUGCUGGAAAAUUUAGAGCCGUUAAAACGGUACCACUUCCUUUUCAUGAAGUGGAUGGAGAAGACUGAUGCCCAUUAGCAGCAGUUGAUUACAGAAUUCGAUUCAGGUCAAGGAUAUUUUUCAACCAAAAUUUUCCAAUAGGAACCUUAAUGUCAUUGCAUGAUUUGUUGUAACAACACACAUCAACUUGUUCAUUAUUGUUCCAUGGAUAUUGGAAAAGAAAAUGGUUCAUACUUGUAUACAGAAUUUUCUUGCAAAAAAAAAAAAAAAAGAUCACAAGUCCUUGCCUUCCUGCGAAUAAAUUUGUUAGCUCUACUUGUUUGUAUAUUGAUUCUUGCUCCAGAAGAGGACCUUGUUAAUGAAAAUGAUCUGGUAAAUCCAAUUAAUGUUGAUGUUCAACUCUUUGAUGCAUUGAAAUCCCUGCUUCUGAAAGAUUUGCUCUAGCAGAAUCAACAACUUCACAAUCCACUUCUGCAACAAGCAACAGCAGACUGAGGCAGUGUAAUUACAUGAUAUGCACAGUUCAUUGAGUUGCAGUUUGCAAUUGAAUCCGUUAAAAAUAAAUAAAUAAAUAAUUCUGAAAUUACUGCGCAAAAUACCAAAGGAAACUAAUAAAAAUAACAAUAAUAAAAAACCUUUUUUUUUUGAAAUGAUUAGGCCCAUAACAACACAAAUCUCCUUGAAUUUUCAAUUGAAAGCAUCUCUAAUGGCUUCAUUCAGUAAUUGCAGUUUCUCACGCGGCACUUCUCUUUCCAAUUUCCCACGCUAAAACCUCACCAACCCAUCAAUUCCCUUCCCUGCACAAACUUCUUCAAACCCUUUUCUUCCUCCAGUUGCUACCGUAGCUUCUCGCUUCCCAGGUCUCUCGUGCAAAACCCUUUCACUUUUCCUAAAUUUGCCUCUUUAAAGUUUCAAACUUUGCUACUGAACUUUGAGAAUAAAACUUCUCUUAAUUUUUUUCCAGGCAGAAAAUCUCUCUAAAAAAAUUAAUAUUACCGAAACGCUCGUACCUGCUAGUGGAGGUUACUGGUUUGGUGGAUGACAAUCCUGAGACAUACCCAGAAGCAGAACCCAGCGAUUCGAAUACGGUUCACAGAAUCACAGAUGACAUCUGACACAAAACUGCCUAGAAGGAGGUUGCUUGUGCAAUUUACUUGUAAUGAAUGUGGGGAAAGAACUUAGAGGCUCAUAAACCGAUUAGCCUAUGAACGGGGUCUAGUUUACGUCCAGGUAGAUUUUGUUGACUGUAAUUGAUGGAAUGCUAGUAAUAUGUUUCUUGAUGAUGGCAAAGCUCUUGAACAUUCUUUCUUUUCUUUUUUUAUGUAUUUUUUUACAUAAACCAGAGAUGCAACUGUUAGCUUUUGCUUGCAGAUGAAUAUGUUACUAUCCAUCAUUUCUGGGAAAGUCAGAACCUAAGACUUGCAAUACUUAGCCUUCUGUGUUUUAUCUUCAUAUUAUCAGCCGCCAAGAUUUAAUAUUGUAUCAAUUUAGGACAAGGAGAACCUUCACAGGUAUAUGAAGCAAUGAAAAAUGAUGAAAAGUCCACUUUUAUAAGAAAAUUUUGUUAAUUUUAAUUGGGAUUAAUGUUUCUGGGAAAUGAUAGUUUUAAGUUCAGUAUGACAAUAUUCUUGCUAUUUGUCUGGCAAUGACAAUUGGACUACCAUGUGACAAUUUAUAUGCUGUGGAACUAACUGUAUUUAUAUUUUUUUGCAUCUACCCUUUUAAAUAGUUCUAAAUUUCUGUAUCAGUGGAGACAUGGUAUUGAGUUUCUAUUACUUGGGAAUUUCAGGGAAGAAACAGUUUCUGUUCCGAAACAAUCCAACUGAAACUGAUAGAUUAUCUGUUUUACAGUUUCACUUUGUUUUAUGGGUUAUCUAUGCCAUUAUUAUCUAGAUGAAUAAUUUUGUGUAACUGGAAAUUCUUUUCUGCCUGCAUUAUGCUUCAGACCAAAUUCAUCAGACGAUUUUGAUAUAUAUUUUACAAAGACUUUUUUUUUUGGAACAAUUUCAGAACGAUUUUUUUUUACUUCUUCUAUUGGUUUCAUUAAUAGACUGACUAGCCUAAUAGUGUUAAACUUCUGUAUUGCAAGUGUGCUUGCAGCUGUAAUAGUUUAAAAUCUUGUUCAAUUGACCACCAAGGUUUGCUUUUUAUUAGUGUGCAGGGUGUGAAAGAUAUCACAAAUUAGCUGAUAAUCUUGGUCUCAUAAUUGAGUAUGAUUUUCUGGAGGAGAUAACUGAGAAUCAAAAACCCAUCAAGUUUGAUAAGUGACAAUGAAUUCCAGUAUCUAUGCUGUUUUCCUAUUUAGAUAGUUUUGUCUGUGGUUGUAAUUCAAACUUCAUCUUUAUUAUAUGUUCUGUAAAAACUGAAAAAUAAAAUACAAAAAUGUGGAGAAUCCAUUGGCAUGCCUCUUA